AUGGAAAAGGAAAGCAACGCACCCACUCACUAUGGAUCCCUGGAGACAACCAAGUGGAAAGCAUCAGAUCCAGGCAAAGAGGAUGAAAUAGUGUCCAUGGCAGACUCCACAACUACCCUUGAUGAUAUUGAAGGGGAGCUCUUCAAAAUCGAGAGGAUCCGUGAAGUCCUGGUGCGGAGGGAGUCAGAGCUCAGAUACAUGAUGGAUGACAUGCAGCUGUGUAAAGAAAUUAGCCGAUUGAAAAAAGAGUUGCAGAAGCUGAUUGCAGUACCAGAGAAUAAAAAAUCCAAAGAGGACAAGCAGCGCGAGGAGGAGUUGGUGCAGCAGAUUCACAAACUUGUAGAGACCCGGGAUUUCCUUGUGGAUGACGUGGAGUUUGAAAGGCUCAGAGAACGAGAAGAGGACAAGGAGAUGGCUGAGUUUUUGAAGAAAAAGCUUUCCAAAGGCUGCCUUCUGAAAACAACUCCUGUAAAAGAAAAAAAGGUGACGUCAAGAGGACAGCAAACGUCUACACCUUAUGUAACAAAGACAGGCCUCACCCUCCUGAAAGAAUGCUGUGGCUUCACCUGCUCAAUCAUGUAG